UUGGGAUGAUUUGGUCUGUUAUCCAUUCCCUUGCUCGAGUUUUUCUCUUUCUACAUCGGGUUCGUUUGCUGCCACAAGAUAAUGUUCUUUUGUUCUGAGUUCAGACGCAUGGUGUGUCCGUGCAGCAGUUUUCCUUUUACGGGGGGGGGGGCUAAUUGCCAUGGAAACUGUUGCUACUGCGAAGUACUCUGCAAACGCACUGGCACGAACAGGUUUAUCUCUAGCUAGUGACUCUACAUUAAUUUGCUGUAUUGACAUUUUGAUUUAAUCUAAAGGGGCUGCAGCUUUAACAGGACAUUCUGCUAAAAAUGUAAUACUGUAUAAAGUUUAAAAACACUUGGAGACUGGACUCUGGAGUGCAGCCAGACCAAUCCUGAAAGAAGAUGAAACUGCCAGCCAUCUCUACAGCUUCAACACCUAUUUGUGAUCCUCAUCGGGCCCCUCCUGCCCACCAGAGUCGCUGCCUCCUGGUCGCUCCUGUGACAUUUCCCAUCAUCCCACACUCUGCUAAGGUACCGACAAGCAGUCAGAUUAUUCCAAGAUUAAAUCCUUUGCACCCACCUUUGGUCCCUAAACGCACCGUCAGCUUGGAGACGCCAGCUGUUCACCACCACAACCACCAGAGGACACUCAUAAUGCAGAGGAGAGAGAAUCAUAGGUGUCACCAGGUGUGGCAAAAACCCUUCUAUGGAACCGCCAGCGAGAGAGAAGAGUACAAGAGGGCAUUGCGGGAGGACUUAAAGAGGCAAAUAGAUGAGAAACGUGUGGCACUGAAGCUGCAACUGGCCAAUAAAACGAAGGAAGCAGAGUAUCUCAGAGAAGUGGACUGCCUUGCCCUAUCGAGUGAAAGAGAGCAGUGGAUCCGGCACAGGAAAGGAAUGACAACCUACAGAGAUGUGAACAAGACGCUAAUGGAGCAGAGCUGGAGGGAGAGAGCACUAACACGUUCCCAGGAGGCCCUGAAGGAGAGAGAGCUGCUGCGCCUCAACCCCAUUAACUGGAGUGGAACACUGAAAUAACUUAAACCUCUUAGUCAAAAUCUGAGACUCCAGCCACAACAUGGUACUUAAGUAACCAUGAGUGUUACAUUAAGAUGAGAAAAACCUACACGGUUAAAUGUAGGCCAUGCAGGACAGGGGGUCCUGAGGACCAGGGUUGAAGACGACUGACCUAGAGACAACUUCUGUUGUAAUAGACGCUAUAUAAAUAAAAUUGUGGAAAAAGAAUGUAAUCUUGGAAUAUUGUAAAAUUGUCAAGUGUAGUGUUGGGAUUGUUUUCU